AUGGCGGUCGUACAGCAAGCUGGAAAUAUGCAACAAAUGGCGUCGCACAGCGAGAAGGUGUUCCAGUGGAUAAAUGAGCUGUCGAAUCCGGAAUCGCGCGAAACGGCUCUGCUGGAGCUGAGCAAGAAGCGCGAAACCGUCCCGGAUCUAGCUCCGAUGCUAUGGCACAGCUUCGGCACGACUGCGGCCCUGCUGCAGGAAAUUAUCCACAUCUAUCCGUCGAUCAAUCCGGCCACCUUGACAGCGCACCAAUCGAACCGGGUAUGCAAUGCGCUGGCCCUGCUGCAAUGUGUCGCUUCCCAUCCGGAAACGCGUUCCGCCUUUCUGGCCGCCCACAUUCCACUGUUUCUGUAUCCGUUCCUGCACACCACCUCCAAGACGCGUCCGUUCGAGUACCUUCGUCUCACGUCGCUCGGUGUGAUCGGAGCGCUGGUGAAGACCGACGAACAGGAGGUGAUAACGUUUCUGCUGACGACGGAAAUCAUUCCACUGUGCCUGCGCAUCAUGGAGUCGGGCUCGGAGCUGAGCAAAACGGUGGCGACCUUCAUACUGCAGAAGAUUCUGCUGGACGACAGUGGUUUGUCGUACAUCUGCCACACGUACGAUCGGUUCUCGCAUGUCGCCAUAAUUCUGGGAAAGAUGGUAAUAUCGCUUUCUAAGGAACCAUCGGCCAGAUUGCUGAAGCACGUCGUACGCUGUUACCUUCGACUCUCGGAUAAUCCACGUGCACGGGAAGCGUUGCGACAGUGCCUGCCGGAUCAACUGCGCGAUGGAACAUUUACGGCGUGCCUGCAGGAGGAUAAAUCGACCAAACACUGGCUAACGAUGCUGCUGAAGAAUCUGGAUACACCGGCCGGACCCGUUACCGAUCCGCGCCAGGUUGGCAUUGCUCCGCUCACUUCGUAA